CAGUGCUGCUGCUGCUGCUGAUGCAGCCCGGAGCUGCUGCUGCUGCUACGACCGAUAUCACCGCCGUCAGGGGCACCGUGCGCGCGUGUGAAGUAGGAGAUGCAGCAGGGCCCCCCCUCCUCCUCCUGCUGCUGCUGCACACACUCUUCACCGUGAAGUGAAGAAGGGAUGGCAGAAGAAUACUGAGUGAAGCCAACACAGGCAGAUCCACCCCCCCCCCACCAGUCUCGUGGGAGCUUGAGCAGCCUGCACAAGCACGCACGCACAAACACCACACACACACACGUGUAUGCCGCAGUGCCUGCUUGCGCAAACGGCACCGCUCAAGAAUCGGGACGGCAAAUUCCACCGGUUGCCCUUCCGCAGUUUGACAGAAAGCACUUUCAUUAGAAUUCGGGCCAACGAUCGUCGUGCACACGGUGUGUACAUUUUACGCACGGUGGGCGGACUCGAGGUGUUACGUACAAAUGAUCUGGCAAACUCACUCGGCUCUACAAGUGUGGCCUCUCAUCUGCCCUUCCGCACAGCUUGUCAGCAGCAGUAAUCUGCAAUCGUUCCAAAGAGACUUUCAAUUGUGAAUUUGCUUAUUUGGCGCUGAUUUGGAUGGGACUGAGGAAUCCUCUAAACUGAACCUCUGCAGUGCUGCAUUGUCGAACAAGGUCGGCUGACGGAGACUGUGCGAGUGAAAAGAGAGCGAGGGGCAGCAAUAGACAGAUAGAACAGAGAAAAGAGAUAAAUACACUGGCAGAAAGAAGGGAGAAAGACUCUUGAGGAAUUGGCCAGGUCUAAGGAGGCCAAGAAGAAAGUGGACAAUAAUCAUUUAUAAAGCAUCUCAAUGCUAACUCGUAUCCAGGCGCUGUCUUAAAUCGACAGAGAGACAGACGCGGCUACGAACGUGGAGACGAAAAUUGAGCAGAAAUUCGGACACCACAAGAAAUCGUGCACACAAACAGGAACUCAUAUUCGCAAAAAUAUAUAUUCACACGAAUCGCAAGCGGUGAGCUCGGGGUCCGGGCACCGACAGACGGAGGCAAGAUGAGCGGGGACGAGCGGAUGUCCUGCUCAUCGCCGUCACACUCCCACAAGGCCGUGACGCCCCGUGGGAGCCAGUCGUCCCGCGACGCGCGGCAGUCGAUGACAAGCGCAGACGAGAGUCCCGUGUCUGCAGGCCACGACUCUAUCCUGGCCUCCCGUCUCACGUCUGCACAGCCCUCCCCCAAGAAAGAUGCCCAGGGGUGGGAGAUCAUCGAGGGCCUCCGGUCAGGGCAGCCGGACGUUCACAAACCCGAGAGACACGAGGGCUUCCUGCUCAAGAAACGCAAGUGGCCUCUUAAGGGCUGGCACAAGCGGUUUUUUGUGCUGGAGAAUGGGAUCGUGAAAUACGCCAAGUCUCCAGCGGAGGUGCAGCGUGGAAAGCUGCACGGGAGCAUAGACAUUGGCCUGUCCGUGAUGUCCAUCAAAAAGAAGUCGAGGCGCAUCGACCUGGACACGGAGGAGUACAUCUACCACCUCAAGAUCAAGUCCCAGGAGAUGUUCGACGUGUGGGUGUCCAAGCUGCGGAACCACCGCCUCUUCCGUCAGAACGAGAUCGCCUGCUCACCCGGCACCGGCAGCCGCCACCUGCUGUCCCCGCUGGACGUGUGCCCGGGGCAGCACUUUGCGGAUGGAAAGAUGUCGCGCUCGUCCAGCAGCCCGGGCCUCUCGGGAUCCCUCUCCAACGGUCAGAUCAAAAUGACCAGCUGGCUCCUGGACACGGAUGAGAUGGACCACUGUGCAAGAGGCCUCAACGACUGCCAGGCGAAUCUCGCUCAGCUGAGCGGCAUCUUGAAGAGCCUGGAGAUCCUGCAACGGACUCAGUCGGCGCCUUCGUUCUCCGACAUGCAGGGUGCCUGUCUUGAAAACGGAAAGAAAGAAAAGCGGAGCGCUCGCCGCUGGAGAACCAAAAGCGUGAGCAAGGAUUCUAAAAUGCAUUUGCAGCUUCCAAACAGCCCAUCGGCCUCUCCCAUCCGCCUGCACGCCUCCAACCCCAACCUGAGCAUGGACGGAGGGGCGGGGCUGGGCCCAGGGUUGGGCGUGGCGGGGCUAGGUGUGGGCCCUGGGGUGGGCCCUGGGGUGGGGCUGGGGGCGGCGGGGCUAGUGGAGGUGGGGGUGGAGUCUCCGGUGCGGCUGCUGAGCUGCAGCAAGGCGCGCGUCAGCAUCGCCGAGUCUCUGGACGGAUGCUCCACCGACUACAGCCGCCUCCAGGAGGAGUUCUGCUGCGUGGCAAAGAAAGUGCACGUGACGCUCAAGUCCGUCUUCAACUCGUUGGCCAUCGAGAAGGAGAAACUGCGGCAGGUGGCGUGCGAGCACGAGGCGGCGGGCGCCGGCCACGCCGCCCACGUGCUCGCGCUCAAGAAGGCACUCGCGCAGGCUACGGCUCAGAAUGGGGACCUUAGGAGCAGAUUGAGUCGCAUUCACGCGGAUUCAAAUCUCACGGAACCCCUUGUCAACAUCAACAUCAUCCCCAGCCCAGACAUGCCCCCCGAGCCCCCCCAGGAGGGACCCCUCGUGCCGGUGCCGCUCAGCGAGAGCCGCCUCUCUGUUUCCGAGUCCGUCUCGGAGUUCUUCGAUGCCCAGGAGGUGCUCAUCUCGGCGAGCUCCUCUGAGAACGAGCCAUCGGACGACGAAUCCUACGUGAGCGACGUGAGCGACAACGUGUCGGAAGACAACAUCAGCGUGACGGAUGGGGCGCCGCAAACGUCGUUAAGCACACGGGAGGGCGGCUUCCGCAACGGCAGACGAAGCUUCCUGCCGGCGCCGUGCCCGGACACGAGCGGCGUGAGCCUCUGGAAUAUCCUGCGCAACAACAUCGGCAAGGACCUGGCAAAGGUCUCCAUGCCGGUGGAGCUCAACGAGCCCCUCAACACCCUGCAGAGGCUGUGCGAGGAGCUCGAGUACAGCGAGCUGCUGGAACAGGCGUCCGACACGGAGGACCCCGCGCAGCGCAUGGUGCUGACGGCGGCGUUUGCUGUGUCGGCGUACGCCCCCACGUACUACCGCUCCGGCAACAAGCCCUUCAACCCUGUACUCGGCGAGACCUACGAGUGCAUCCGGGAGGACAAGGGCUUCCGCUUCGUGGCCGAGCAGGUCAGCCACCAUCCACCCAUAUCAGCCUGUCACUGUGAGUCAAAGACAUUUGUGUUGUGGCAAGACGUUCGAUGGAAGAAUAAAUUUUGGGGCAAGUCAAUGGAAAUCCUGCCGCUGGGAACAGUCAGCCUCAACCUACCCAAGUACGGCGACCUGUACGAGUGGAACAAAGUGACGUCCUGCAUCCACAACAUCCUCAACGGGCCACGCUGGAUCGAGCACUACGGCGAGAUCACCAUCCGCAACCGCCGCAGCGGGGGCUGCAGCUGCAAGCUCACCUUUGUCAAGGGAAACUACUGGAACUCCAACGUGAACGAGGUGCAGGGAGCGGUGAUGGAUGCCGACGGCAAAGUGUUGCACCGGCUCUUCGGCAAGUGGCACGAAGGCCUCUACUGCGGCGUUCCUCCCUCCGCCAAAUGCAUCUGGAGGCCAGGCUCGAUGCCCAAUGACUACCAGCUGUACUACGGCUUCACGCGUUUCGCCAUCGAACUCAACGAGCUGGACCCGGCCAUGGCGGCCGUGCUGCCACCCACGGACACGCGCUUCCGCCCCGACCAGAGGUUACUGGAGGAGGGGAAUGUGGAGGCGGCGAGCGAGGAGAAGCGGCGCGUGGAGGAGACGCAGCGCGAGCGACGGCGCAACCUCGAGGAGAUGCAUCUGCAGCACCAACCGCGCUUCUUCCGGAGAGUGGUGGACUCCAGCGGCCGGGAGUGCUGGGUAACGAACGGAAUCUACUGGGAGCUGAGACGAGAAUCUGGGUUCGCGAAACUGGAAAGCCAGAUUCUCUGGUGACGUCCUCACCCGGGGGGGGGGGGGGGGGGCGCGGUGUCACACCGGAGGGGCACAUUCAUAUUCAAACGUAAGACCCAUUAGGUGUGCUCCAUCAGGACCUGCCACUAUAGCCCAAUUAUUACCAGGCAGGUGGAAAUCCCACCGCAGUUUUACAGCGGUCAUUUGGCCCCGCCCCGUUCUCGCAGUCCCCUCCCACUCAUUAUCCUAGCCCCUCCCCCCGUUUAGAAGUUGGCUAUACCCCCCCCCUCUCCCUUCCCCAAAAGGCUCUUUGCCCCUUCUGUGCACUCAUAUACCAGUUAAGACUUCCGUUUGGUUGUUAUAUAAAGUAUAUAUGUAAAAAAUACCAUAAAGUCAUAUAAAUUGAGAAAAACAAAUAUUACGUAUUAUACAAAUUGUCCGUAUCUUAUAGGGAAGUGUAUCAUAGCACGAAUUCAAUGCAAAGAUUAUGUAUAGCGCGAUAGCCUGUGCAGCUCUGGAAACAAGCUGCGUGCAUUUUUUUUUCUUCUUUCAUAAACCUGCUAUGAAUGUUGCAACAUUUGCACAAUUUCUAAUUUAAAGUCUUCACCGGCGGUGGUGGUGGUGGCGCCGAUGAUAAUCGUGCUAGGAGAAUACUAUGACACGUGCAAUUCUGUUCUCAUCAUUAACAAUGCUGUAACGACUGAAAUCCGCAAACGUUGUUCUCUGCUUCCGUUCGAGUUAACGGAUAAAAUAGGACUUACAGAAAAUAAAUAUAUAUAUUUUUGCUGCUAAAUUUCGAACUUUACAUUUUGCAUGUUGAUAUAAAUGAUGAGCAUCGUAUUUUAAAGGGUGGAAAAUUAUUACGAUGAAACAAUGUUUUCCUAUUUAAACUGUAAUAAUUAUUAGCAUUGUAAGUAAUUCUCUAUUAGCUACUGUCAGAAAAUGAUCCCCAUACAUUGUGAUAUUAGCACUUAAACAUCAAUAUAACCUGUAUUCAAAUAAGCAAAUAAUAAUGUACGACCCUUUGUCAAAUCCACUGCUAGAUGAAGGCCUUCCCACACGGUAUGAUUUACGGUGAUACGCUAUUACCGCAGUAACAAGAUAUCACCAGCUGCAAUGCGCAAGACCUCUCCGCUUUCGUGAGAAACAAAUAUGUCCCUUUGACUCCUUUCCACAAGUCAGUCGUGGGUUUUCCCCGUCCAUAAAACGUUGAGAAAUACUCGCAAGACGACUGAUGGGCACGACCUCUCCUGCGUCAAUUGUGAAUGGCGAGUCAUUAGACAUCGUUCUGUCACUGAUCAAAUGACACACUGCUCCACGCACAAAUGGUAGUUUUCAAUUGAGGCUCGCAGUCCCAUUGAUCGCACAGCUGAAACUCACUGAAGCCCCUUAAGGCUCCCUCCCGUAUAGAGGGUUUCGUAUUUGACUUCAUGGCUCCGCAACGCAACGGGCUUUGACAAAAAAACUACUAAAUAUUUUUUUGUGGAAAAGUAGUGAUUUGUAAACUGUGUAAUCCGCAUCAUCAUCAUGAUGAAAGGCCUAUCCACUACUGGAUGAAGGCCUCUCCAUGCGAUUGCCAUCCCUCACAGUCCUGUAAUACUGUCAGCGGUAAAUCUUUAAAACAUUGAAAUGGUGUGAUGUCGACUGAUCUCUUGUCGCGUCUAAACAAGCUGCAGACGAUUUACUUAAAGCUCAUUUCAUUUUGCACGUUCGGUUUCAUAAAAUUCGCCAAUUUUUCAGUUUAAUAUCACUUGUGUCGUACUUGUUUACUAUCGUUUGUAGUCUUAUCGUAAAUUUUAAUUUUCAAUGGGUUGAGCAAGUGAGUCUUUGUUAAAUCGCGUGAGGUCGAAUCACAAAAUGCGUUUGCUAUUCAAGGGGAAAUUAAAAAAAUAAAAUGUAACCACUUUUGGCAAUGACUCCCUUAAAUCAGAAAACUAUUUCGACUUAGAUUUAGGGCAGUUGGGCCUUCUUCCAGGGCUCUCAAAUACACAUUAAUCUAUGCCAUUGCACAACUGCUAAUGCAGUCCCUCAAUUAAGACUUUACCUGUUUUAUUUCGGUUGUGCUCUUGCCAUCGUGUAACGAGGUGGUGCCAUCGCUCCGGAACUUGCACAGGAGCGGCGCUUCCACCCCAUGUUAGAGAAGAGGCCUCGGCAUUUAAAUUAUUUUCAUGGUUAGAAGUGGACACCACAGAUCUACUUCUUCAAUCCCUUAAAGUGACCUUUUUUAAAUCUAUACACAGCGGGUGGGAAACUUUGCCCAUGCCCCCUUGCUGCGGGGGGAGAUAUUCGCUGCAUUGCAGUCAAAUUUUGUUAUUCAUUCUCAGAGCUGUAAGUUGGUCGUCAGGUUAAGAGAAAAAGACAAAGUAUAAAGUGACGGGUAUUUUUUUGUGCAGUCAUUGGUGACCGGCUAAAACGAGAUAAUCACGAGACUUGAGAAUCUGGUAUUAGAGUAUUUGGCUGCUAUAAAUUUUCACUGAAUACGCCACCUCGCUGAGCUAUUGUUUGUGGCCAGGUCGCUUCUGUAAAAGAGCUAAAUAGUUCAGUGGGCCUUAUCUGGUAAAAUGAAAAAUAGUUUAAUCACAGGGAGCCAAAACCCAGAGUCGAACCGGGCAUCUCAGCAGUGCUGGCUCGGUGCUUUGACCUCUUGAGCCCCGUGGCUGGCAUAGCCCCGAAUUUUUAUUUUAAAAUUUUUACAACGUAGACCUGGGACGGAAUAAAAAAAGAUGAUUACAAGCAAGAUACAAAUCAACCGUGAUAAUCGCACCUCUGAUUAGCACGGUUGGCUACGUACGGCGUGAAAGAAGUUCAACGUACAGUACAUAGAUACAAAACAACGAUGGGAGCAACUCAUCUGUUGGUGGAGGGGACACUGAAUGCUGGUGAAUCACUCCGUCUCUCUUCGGAGCGAACGGAGAAUCGGGUAGAUGGACUGCACUGCCAGGUGCAAAUUGCCCUUCGGAGACUUAUGAACGAUAACCGUUCUUGUUUAAAUUUACAUUUUAAGCUCUGGAGCCUGUCUUGUAUUUGGAAACUAAUGUGGGCACAUGGAAUCUUAAUUUCUUUUAGGAACAAUUGCCCACGUUAUGUGCUAUGAACCCGGGUGACCGUGAGUUUGAUUCUCGGCCUUAGCGAGCAUUCAGUGGCGAGUGAUACCUUAAGCGGUCUUGAGCCUCCCUUCACCAACCCUCACUAGCCAGCGAAGUGAAGUGUGGUCAAACAACCACCGCGAUCGCCAUGGCGCCAGAGGUCCUUCAUCUAGCAGUGGUUUGACAAAUGUCUGAAAGUUAUUAUUGCGAGCUGUUUGCCAAUUUACUCAAUGGCAGAUGAAAAAAUGUAGCAAAACAAAUUUUGAUCUCCAAAUGGUUAAAUACAUAACAUCAAAUCGAUUUAAGUUUCAUAUCACGUUUUGCAGUGAUUCCGUUAAAGUUAAUGUAUUCAUUAUUUAUCGAUUACAGGCCAUUACUUAGGUGAGUGUGCAUAGCGUAAUCUAAUCUCGUGGUGUUAAAACAUAUAAUUCGGUUGAAGUCAAGAAAAUCAAUUUGCUCUGGAGAGCCCCACUAGAGAAUAUUUGGCCUACUUCUCUGUGCUGGCCAGCCGUUUUCUAAGAGGUGGAAGUAGCCACACUUAACUCCACCGCGCGCGACCAACCGAUUGACUAAACUACCUGCGAUGUACAACAUCUGAUGCCGCUGGGUCGACAGCGGCCGGGGGGGAGGUGGAUUUAAGACAUUUUGAGAAACGUGGCUCUGUUGUUUAAAACUUACCACGGAUGCCGGUCGAUGGAACCGGAGAUUUCCUGGCUUUGCAAGUCGAUUUGUGCUAAACUGUUACAUCACAACAGCCGCACUCCUCGCCCCGCGCCUGCCCUAGUGCGCGCCCGCGCGGGGAUUGAUGUCAAAAAGGGAUUGAGAAAAUUCAAGGCACGUUUACGGCUUCCAAGAACCUUGUUCCAGAUUCAUGAGAUCUCUGUGUCGGGGAUGAUAUUUUUUUGUUUCAAUUAUAUAAUUGAUUUUUACCGUAUUUAUUGUUUGUUGUCGUCAUGGAAAGCUCAUCUGCCUUUGAUGUUUUCCAGCAGACCCGUUGCCUCCGUCAGUUGAACCACACUUGACUAUGGAAAACCUGCGUAAAGCUCCGUAUGGAUAAUGACAGAGCGCGUAAUUGUACCAAUAUUUCGAUUUAAAGCUUUCAUGACUGCAGGGAUUCAUAUUCUUGGUUCUUUCGGUAAAGUCAUGUAGAAGGGAAAUAAUAAAAUAAUUAAAAAUAUUAAAAAUAAAACAAUAAAAUUGUUUAUUUUCAGACGGAUGGACGAGUGUCCACCUUAGAACACAUUCCUGCGGAGGGAGCUGGUAGGAACGUUGGGUUGCUCGGUCAAUGGCCAGGGUCAACGGCGGCGUGGUGUAUUCCGCAAAUAUGGCCGACUGUGAGGGCGGGCACAAGUCGGCGUGAGUAGGUUAAAUGUUGAGUUUUAUAAGGGCACCACGGGGUGACCAGCCCCCUCCCCACCCAGCCCCACCCCUCCCACCCCCCACCCAGCCCCGCCCUCCCCA